AGGCGGGGUUUGAGGGCCUUCCAUCUCCCUUUCCGCAACACCCGCCAUCUUGUUCACACCGGGGACAUUUGGCAUUGCUCGUACAGUAACUUGGCAUCAUGACGAACACCAGAGGCAAGAGGAGGGGGACCAGGUACAUGUUCAGCAGACCAUUCCGCAAGCAUGGCCCCAUUCCUCUGUCCACUUACAUGCGUAUCUACAAGAAGGGCGACAUUGUUGACAUCAAGGGCACGGGCACCAUUCAGAAGGGGAUGCCACAUAAAUGCUACCAUGGCAAGACUGGUCGUGUGUACAACGUGACCCAACAUGCUGUUGGUGUCAUCAUCAACAAGAAGCUCAGAGGCAACAUCCUGGCCAAGAGGAUCAACGUGCGCAUUGAGCACGUCAAGCACUCGAAGAGCAGAGAUGGUUUCCUGCAGCGUGUCAGAGAGAACGACAGCAAGAAGGUGGAGGCCAAGAAGAACAACACCUGGAUGGAACUCAAGCGCCAGCCUGCUCCUCCUCGUGAAGCUCACUUUGUCAGCACCAAGAAUAACAAACCUCAGCUGCUGGAACCUAUCCCCUACGAGUUCAUGGCUUGAAUAAACAUCUUUGUACACCA